AUGGCGACACUGAGAAACCCAGGAUCGCAAGGCUACGUGCCCCUGGCCGACGCUUCAUCAGAGAGUACCGAGGAUCAUGUAGUUUUCGAGCCAAUCAAAACAUGGAAAGGAUACAUAUGGGAUACCUGGGAACUACCGCAGGAUCAGAGGCGUUUACUAUUCAAGGUUGAUGCCUUUAUCUUGACCUUCGCAUCAAUAGGAUAUUUCCUCAAGAACAUCGACCAGACCAACAUCAAUAACGCGUUUCUAAGCGGCAUGCAGGAGGACCUUGAGAUGUUUGGUAAUCAGCUUGUGACUAGCACUUCGAUAUGGACAUUUGGCUAUGUCAUUGGGCAGAUACCGUCAAAUCUACUAUUGACACGAGUCUCGCCACGAUGGGUCAUUCCAUCGCUUGAAGUGGGGUGGGGUAUAGCAACUAUCUGUACCUCAUCGGUUCAAUCAUACACGAGUCUUUAUGUGUUACGAUUCUUCGUGGGCUUCUUCGAAUCAGGCUUCUAUCCCGGUAUACAUUAUAUGCUCGGCUCCUGGUAUACGCCUAGGGAGAUCGGAAAGCGAGCCAUGCUGUUCUGGCUGGCUGGUUCAGUUGGGUCCAUGUUCAGUGGCUUUCUCCAAGGAGCUGCGUAUACAAAUCUUAAUGGCGUUCACGGACGUGCAGGUUGGCGUUGGCUGUUCAUCAUCGACGGUCUCAUCACCAUCCCACUUGCAAUAGCCGGGUAUUUCUUCUUUCCGAAUCUGCCGCAAGAUGGGAAGCGAACUUGGUGGACAACUGAAGAAGAACAUGUUUUAUCGGUCAAAAGAAUGCAAGCGAUUGGGCGUGCCGGGAAGCAACCUUGGACUAAAGACAGGGUAAAGAAGGUGUUUUCUAGCUGGCACACUUAUCAUCUUCCGUUGCUGUAUAUUCUUUGGAACAAUGGAAAUCCGCAGGCCGCUAUGGGUUACUGGUUGAAGAGCUUCAACGACCAGCCUCCUCCGGUCCCUGGGACCUCGUUCACUGUGCCCGAGAUCAACAACUUACCUAUUCCCAACACGGCGAUCUUCCUUGUCAUGGCGCUUACUUGGGGCUGGCUCUCUGACGGACCUCUCCAAGGAGCUCGAUGGCCAUUCAUAUAUGCAGGCGCUAUACUCAUCAUCAUCUUCAACAUCCUCCUUCUGAACAUGCCACUUUACUCCAAUGUGGAUGGAAGGAAGGUUGUGUACUGGCUCAGCAACAUUGGCCACGGUGCCGGUCCUCUGAUCCUUAGUUGGAUCAAUGAGAUAUGUUCUGCGGAUACGGAAAAGCGAGCCCUGAUCGUGGCCAUAGCCAAUGACUUGGCGUAUGUCGUACAGGCUAUUGUGCCCAUGUUCAUGUGGAAAACUACGGAUUUUCCUGCUGCGAGGAAGGGAUACACGUACUCAACCAUUUUGCAAGUACUCCUGAUUUUGCAGACUGCUUUUAUCCAGGUGCUAUUGUGGCGCGAUAGACGGAAGCCCUUGAGACCUGGUGGUGUCGAGUCGCCGCCUCCACUGAUCUACUCGGAUGAGGAGGAGGGUGAAGAGCGCAACAAGCCAGGAGAGCCUCACUAUUCUCAUACUAAUUAGCCAAAGGUCGAC